GUGAAAAUGACUGGGAAAAGUUCUUCAAUAAUUCGUCACAGCAUGUAGGGUUAUCGGAACCUAAGUGGAAGAGGAACUGACGCGGUUUUUUUUUUUCCCUCUAACCCCCCCUAAAACAGGGGCUGAAGGAAAAGAUUUUAUUCCUCCCUGUCAGUUAAUAAGUAGUUGGUGAGGUUGCCUAGAGGGACGGAGCUACGCUGGCAACUGACCCUUGGGUGUGCUGAGCACGCGCGCCCUCCCUCGGGAUUGAGGAGCGCACCUGUCUCUCGCGUUGCCGCGGCGCGCCACGCCACGGCCGUGUGACGCCCUGAGUCGGAUUGCGUUCCCGGUGCGCCAGGUUAGAGACACCUGUUUUCGUCCGCACACUGCAGCGUGAUGGAGAGGAGCCGCUCCGUGCGGGAUCCCGUUCGUGGUCGGUGACGUGUGGGACGUGGGCUGUCCUGCCACGUUUGAUCGAUUAUUGAUUGGAGGCCGACCGUAAUGAGGCGACAUUCGCCCCAGUCAUUGGAGGGUAACCAGAUGUGCGUGUCGUGCAUGUAACCCAGCGCGUCUGACGCUGUUGCUGGAGGUGUGUUUUUAUAAUUCGCUUUCCACAUGGAUACAGAACCGCAAUGAACACUUGAAGUGCAGCGGGAAAAAAGAGAUGGGAGGCAUGAUCGUUUCUCGUCACGCAGCUGUUCCUUUUCGCGUUGUCGCGUCCUAGGGACGGCGCGCGCGCGCGCGAACAAGCGCUCUCUUUAACUGAGACUUUUUUUGAAUCCGUGAGGCGACUGACAGCGGGAGCGAGAACGACGAGGACGUCAUGUCGAAGACGCUGAAGAAGAAGAAGCACUGGUCCAGCAAAGUGCAGGAGUGCUCCGUGUCGUGGGGCAGCGCGGGCGAGCUCAGCUCCGCGCUGGAGGUGCGCGGAGGAGCCGAGCUCGGCGAGUUCCCGCACCUGGUCAAGGUGAGGUCCGAGCUGCUGUUGUGCCACAGCGGCCGCGCGCCCUCCGCCGGGGACGUGCUGCUCGAGGUGAACGGCACCCCGGUAAGCGGCCUCACCAACCGGGACACGCUGGCAGUCAUCCGCCACUUUCGGGAGCCCGUGCGCCUCAAGACGGUCAAACCCGGCAAGGUUCUCAACACAGACCUGCGGCAGUACCUCAGUCUGCAGUUCCAGAAGGGGUCCCUGGACCAUAAGCUGCAGCAGAUCAUUCGGGACAACCUGUACCUGCGCACCAUCCCUUGCACUACAAGACAGCCCAGGGAGGGUGAGGUGCCUGGAGUGGACUACAACUUCAUCAGCGUUGCAGAGUUUCGUGUGCUGGAGGACAGUGGGCUGCUGUUGGAAAGUGGCACCUAUGAUGGGAACUACUACGGGACCCCGAAGCCCCCAGCGGAACCCAGCGCCAUGCAGCCUGACCUAGUAGAUCAGAUGCUCCUUGACGAGGAGUUUGAGGGUGAGGUGCAACGCAAGCGCACCACCUCUGUCAGCAAGAUGGAGCGGAAGGACAGUGCUGCCCCUGAGGAGGAGGACGAUGAGGAGAGGCCCUCGCUGCUCAAUGGCCUCUCAGAGCAUCAGGACGGAGGCCCAGAGUGGAGGAAGGCUGUACCCAGCUACAACCAGUCCAGUAGCGCCAUGGAUUUCCGCAUGUGGAGCUCCCUGCCCCGGGACGAGAGCCAGGAGCCACUGCCUCCCAGUUGGGAGAUGGCCUACACGGAGACAGGCAUGGUCUACUUCAUUGAUCACAACACGAAGACCACUACUUGGCUGGACCCCCGACUGGCCAAGAAGGCCAAGCCUCCUGAGAAAUGUGAGGAUGGAGAGCUCCCGUAUGGCUGGGAGAAGAUAGAGGACCCUCAAUAUGGAAUCUAUUAUGUAGACCAUAUCAACCAGAAGACCCAGUUUGAGAACCCGGUAUUGGAGGCCAAGAAGAAGCUGAACCAGGAGACAUCCACCCCUGGCCUGCAAGGCCCAGCCAUGGCCCCAGAAGAUGGGGGGACAAAGGGCUGCUCACGGAGCUUCACACGGGACCCUUCGCAGUUGCAGGGAGCAAUUAUCCGAACGGCCCUACGCAAAAGCCCCCAGGGCUUCGGUUUCACCAUCAUCGGGGGUGACCGACCUGACGAGUUCCUGCAGGUGAAGAAUGUCCUGAGGGAUGGCCCUGCUGCCCAUGACAACAAGAUUGCAUCCGGCGACGUGAUCGUCGACAUCAAUGGGACGUGUGUGCUGGGGAAGACCCAUGCCGACGUGGUACAGAUGUUCCAGUCCAUCCCGGUCAACCAGUAUGUGGACAUGGUGCUUUGCAGGGGUUACCCGCUGCCUGAGGAUGCCUGCGGCAGCGACGACACCGGCAGUGAGAUGGCAGGCCCUGCAUCGCUCAUAAAUGGCUCCUCACAUGAGCUACCCUACGUUACCACUGGGCCUGCACCUGCCUUGGGCCCUGUACCCAGCCCAGCCGACCCCACCCUUUUGCAGCCCGAGCUGGUCAGCGUGCCUCUGGUUAAGGGGCCUGGGGGCUUUGGCUUCGCCAUCGCUGACUGCCCACUGGGCCAGAAAGUUAAGAUGAUCCUGGAUGCCCAGUGGUGCCGUGGCCUGCUGAAAGGUGACGUCAUCAAGGAGAUCAACCAGCAGAACGUACAGACACUAAGCCACGGCCAGGUGGUGGACAUCCUCAAGGACCUGCCCGUGGGCAGCGAGGUCAACGUGCUUGUGCUGAGAGGAGGUCAGACGUCUCCUGUGAAGACUCUCAAACACGGUGGUGCUCCUGCAAUCCAGAAGCCUGAUGUGAGCACCAGCACUGAGACCAUGACCCCACCAGAAGUCAUUCCACAGCCCUUGCCCUUCCCCCCCAACAUCCUACACUCCAGCUCCCCCAAGCUGGACCCCUCUGAGCUCUAUCUGAAGUCCAAGGCUAUGCUGGAGAGCAAGCCCCCCAACACUAGGGACCUGGACAUCUUUAUCAAGAGGAACCAGGAAUCUGGUUUUGGCUUCCGUGUUCUGGGUGGAGAGGGCCCGGAACAGCCUGUGUACAUUGGCGCCAUUGUGCCAUUGGGAGCAGCGGAGAAGGACGGUCGGCUGCGGGCUGGGGAUGAGCUACUGGGCAUCGAUGGCGUGCCAGUCAAGGGCAAGUCCCACAAGCAGGUGCUGGAGCUGAUGACCAAUGCCGCCCGUAAUGGCCAAGUCAUGCUGACCAUCCGCCGGAAGGUGGUCUACACAGAGAGCAGCAAGGAGGAGGAGAACUCCCAGACACCACACUCUGCUGCAGCCUUGGCGAACGGCUCCCCCAAGCUGCCCCGUAUCGAGAUGCCCAAUCCCAGCUCUCAGGAGUCCUAUGACGUCACUCUGCACCGCAAGGACAACGAGGGCUUUGGCUUCGUCAUCCUCACUUCUAAGAAUAAGCCACCGCCUGGAGUGAUCCCUCACAAGAUUGGCCGCAUCAUACAGGGCAGUCCAACUGAACGCAGCGGCCAGUUGAAGGUAGGCGACCGCAUUUCUGCCGUCAAUGGACAGUCAAUCAUGGAGCUGGCACACAACGACAUCGUGCAGCUUAUCAAGGAUGCCGGCACCUCCGUCACCCUCACUGUUGUUCCUGAGGAUGAGCACAGUGGCCCAGCGUCGGGAACCAGCUCAGCCAAGCAGAGCCCAGCGCAGCAGCACCGUGCCGUGGGCCAGCAGCCCCCAAACCGGGAUGAGAGGUAUGGCCUGGAGGUGGAGGAGAAGGAGGGUGUGGGAUGCACAGAACAAGAGACCAUAAGUGCCACGGGCCCCAAGCAGGGCCCCGUGCCCCCGGGCUGCUUCCAUGUGGAGCUGGAGAGAAGCCCCCGGGGAUUUGGCUUUAGUCUUCGGGGAGGGAAGGAGUACAAUAUGGGUCUGUUCAUCCUGCGAUUAGCAGAGGAUGGCCCCGCCCUCAAGGAUGGAAGGAUACACGUGGGGGACCAGAUAGUGGAGAUCAACGGGGAGCCCACCCAGGGCAUCACUCAUACCCGAGCCAUUGAGCUCAUCCAGGCUGGGGGAAACAAAGUACUGCUGCUCCUGAGACCUGGGCAAGGCUUAGUUCCUGACCACAGUUCGAGGGCUAAAAUAAAUGUUUCAUCUGCAAGCUUUCGAAGGAUCACAGCUUCUGAUGAGCCACCAUUCCCAUCUUCUUUAUCUUCCAACUCCAUAGCUAAUCCCAAUACCGUCUCCAUGGUCCCGACUGCUGCUGCAAGUAGAGAGGGGGAGGACCCUGACAUGGGUACCUCCCUUUCUGCACCUCCAGAACCCCGAGCCAGCUGGGCCUUCAUGGACAAAGACAGACCAGUAGCAGAUCUUAGUCGAGAGCAGCUCUGCAUGCUACGGGAGCCUCAGCCCCAAAAGUCCAGGUGGCCAGUGAGCCCCGAUGCCCAGGAUCAGAAGCCCCUCCCUAGGAAGAAUGAGUCUGGCCACAGAGUCAAGACAAGUGACAGAGAACGGACUGACACCAAGGAGCGCUCGCGCAGCCCACGGAAGACAGAGAAAAAUCCAUCUCACUUGGCUGAAAGGGUUCCCACCAGCCGACUGGACAGAGAGCCCAGCAAAGAGAGGAAGCCACACCCACAGAAAGACAGACGCUCUUCCAGCCCGAAGAAAUCACCCAGAAAGGAGCAGGAGGGUGUUGCCAAGCAACUAUCAAAAGCCCACGAGGAGCAGCAGAGGAGGGCUGGGGGGCAACAUCCCGCUAAUACUACCAGGGAGAACUGGGAAAAGAAAGCCAAGGAGGAUGAUCCUAAACACAAGCAGGAGAGGGAGGCAGGCCAACACAGAGUAGAAGCAUUUGCAAGUGAGGUACGUGGAAAAGGGAAAGAUGCUGUUCGCCAGCCAGGACCCCAGAGUUCGCAGUCUUAUCAGCACCGAGAGGCGACCAGACCAGAGGAAGACGCAAGCCAGAGGGGGAGCCACAAGAACAAGGAGAGGGAAAAAGAGAGGGAUCGCGAAGCCAGGAGAAAAGAGGCAGAGGAAGAAGAGGAGGGAAAGGAUACUAUUACAGUCCAAGAGCUGCCCUCCGAUGGGCCUGCUGGUGGCAAGAAAGGGCCCAUCACCCCUGGUCCGUGGAAGGUGCCCAGCUCAGCCAAGAUUCAAUACCACACUGAAAAACAUAGAGCCUCCGAUUGGGCUUUUUUUAAAAAACUACAACGUCCAGAAGAGCUAAGUGCAAAGGCUCUAAAGCCAUUUAAAUCUACGUGCAAAAUGGCUGCGCAGAUCGGUCUUGUUCGCAUAAAAGUAGAAGAAAAGGUUCGAGACAGUGUGGAUAAAACGACUAAAGAGAAGAAAAAGAAGAAAAAGCGGGAGUGCUCGCCCUCCUCGGACAAGCGCGAGCGAUGCGAGAAAGAGGCUAAGAAAGUUAAGCUCCAUCACCACCAGGAACACGUCCAGCAGCGACUAACCCCUCAGCCGCAUCAACAACAGCUGCAGCAGCAGCAGCAGCAGCAGAUUUCGCAGCCUCGCGCCUUCGGCUCGGACCACGCUCCCGCGCAGCAGCAGCACCAUCACCACCACCAUCAUCAUCACCACCACCACCACGGCUCCAAGAAGGAGGCUCUGCUGGACGGUCACACGCGCAAGUUAGCUCCGCCGCGUCCCCAGAAGCCGCUGCCCGCGGUGCUGCCCGCCGUUACGCCCGGGCUCCUCGCGCUCAGCGCGCUCAAGGUGGCCAAGGCCAAGAGUCACAACGGCAAGGAGAAAGCGGCCGACCGGGACAAAGAGGCCCGACUGAGGGCCAAGAAGGAGAACGCAGAGGCCAACGUGAAAGCGGCGCUCGGCAAGAAGAAGAAAGAGUCCCGCGAUGAGAAUGGCAAAAGUCAGCUCGCCGACGAGUUCCUGCUGAAGAAGAAGAAGAAGAAGCGGCGCCACCGGGAGGAUGAGCGUGGCAAGCGUCUCAAGAUGUACCACAAGGAGGUGCAGACGGUGUGCGCCGGGUUGACGUGCGAAAACCCUGGCAGCCCGACCCCGAGCGAUCCCGCUCUGGCGUACCUGAAGGACGAGCAGCGGUGCCAGGCCGGCCCGGGCACGGAGGAGUACCGCACCCCGGGAGGCGUGCAGGUGCCCUUCCUGUCCCACCAAGACCACUUCAUCCGCAGCUGCUGCUUGCAAACGGGCACCCGCUACGGGCGCUUCCUGCACGAGGAGCGGCAGGCCAAUGGCGGCGCCGCCGUGCUGCACGCCUAUGCCGACGAGCUCUCCUACCUGCCGCCCAGCGAGAUGGAGCGCUUUGCCCAGGAGUUCCUGCAGCUGGCUUUCGCCGAGAACCCGCGGGGCGCAGCCCGCUACGCCCUGGCCGUUGUGCACGGAGCCGCCGCCUACCUGCCGGACUUCCUCGACUACUUUGCCUUCAACUUCCCCAGCACGCCUGUCAAGAUGGAGAUCCUGGGCAAGAAGGACAUUGAAACCACCACCAUCGCCAACUUCCACUCUCAGGUGAACCGGACCUACUGCUCCGGAACGUACCGGGCCGGCCCCAUGAGGCAGAUCAGCCUGGUGGGGGCCGUCGACGAGGAGGUGGGCGAUUAUUUCCCAGAGUUCCUGGACAUGCUGGAGGAGUCACCCUUUCUCAAGAUGACCCUGCCCUGGGGUAGCCUGUCCAGCCUGAAGCUCGAAUGCCGUUCCCAGAGCGACGACGGGCCCAUCAUGUGGGUGCGGCCCGGCGAGCAGAUGGUGCCCACGGCCGACAUGCCCAAAUCGCCCUUCAAACGGCGCAGGUCCAUGAACGAGAUAAAGAACCUGCACUACCUUCCUCGAACCAGCGAGCCGCGCGAGGUCCUGUUCGAGGACCGGACCCGGGCCCACGCUGACCACGUGGGCCAGAGCUUCGACUGGCAGAGCACCGCUGCGGUGGGCGUGCUGAAAGCCGUGCAGUUCGGAGAGUGGAGUGACCGACCCCGGAUUACCAAAGAUGUGGUCUGUUUCCACGCGGAGGACUUCAACGACGUGGUCCAGAGGCUGCAGCUGGACUUGUACGAGCCCCCUGUCUCCCAGUGCGUCCAGUGGGUGGACGACGCCAAACUGAACCAGCUGCGACGGGAGGGCAUCCGUUACGCCCGAGUACAGCUCUGUGACGACGACAUCUACUUCAUUCCCCGCAACGUCAUCCACCAGUUCAAAACCGUGUCGGCCGUCUGCAGCCUGGCCUGGCACAUCCGUCUCAAGCAGUACCACCCAUCCGACGAGGACGCGGCGGACGCCCCGGACUCCGCUCGCUCCGACACCGAAGUGCCCAGCAGCCCCCGGCCGCACGCGCAGGUUUCUCAUAAGGGGAACGCCAGGCACGAAGAGCCCGUGUUCCAGAAGCCCGCCGCACCCCCUUGCAGGGAGUCCCACCCGCCCGCUGCCCCCUUCGGCUCAGCCGCAUCCGCUCCCGCCGCUCCCGCGCCCGCGCUUCCCAAGGCGCCCGCCCGGCCGGGCCCGGACCGCUCCUCCUCCUGCUUCGACGGCCAGCGCAGGGCGACGGAGCCGCCUAAAUAGCCCCUUCUUUCUGGAUCGGUUUUUAUCGUCAAACUUGGGUAAGGGAAAUAUUUAAAACGUGGGAUCGUAUGUGGAGAACUGACAUUCCACACUGCAAAAUAGGAAAUGCAGAUCUUCCCUCUUAUUACAUGUAGAUUGUAUGUGUAACUUUUUUAAUGAAACUGUUUUUAGAGAG